AGAGGGACAUCGGUUAUCUACGUUCACAUCCAAUUAUCCAUCCAGACCUGGUGAACACGCGCAGCAUGGGCGAGUUGACUCAGACUCUAGUUUGGUUCUCCUUCUCCCCCCGGAUCUGGAGCGCAGACCCGUACAAAGAAUCAAUCCCCAAUUGAAUGCUCAUUUCCCUUCCAUUGUUCUCUCUGUAGCUAACUCUUCAACUCUCUCUCCUCUAGCUGCCUCCAAAUCGAAAACCGCAAUGAGCUACUGAGAAUCGCCGACUGCGCUGAGUCACUGGACGAACGACAACAAUGGGAGCAUACUGCGGCAACCUCCUCCGCGACAUAUGGCGUCGCCUCUCCGACCGCUGUUUGCGCUUCAUGCCCUGCUUAUCUGAUCCAGUUUGAAACAUUUUAGUUCGGAGAACCACGGUGUGCUUGAGAAUAGUGUUGAUGAUGCUGCACGUGGUAUUCGCCGGCGUUCUAUUUGCUUUAGACGCAGAGUUAAUUGAGAAAGCCAGACAAGUGCCUUGGUAUUUUGCAAUAUACUACUUGUUGUUCAUUGUCACACUGGUUCAAUAUUUUAUCACUUCGGCUUCACCUCCAGGGUAUGUUCAUGACGUAACGAGGGCUGUCAAUGAUGCAGCUGCCUUGCAUAAUAGUACAUCAGUGGCCUCAAAACAACCUGCUUCAAGCAAAAAUGGCAGUGCAGUUAUUACAAUUGAUCGGAGCGAGGUGGAAGGAAAUCUUUUAGGGCCUAGUGCAACACCUUGGGCAAAGCUAGUGAUGAAUUUGUAUCCCUAUGGAGCAUCUACUAGAACUUGGACUUGCACUUACUGUCAAUCUCUGCAGCCUCCACGAACUAAACACUGUCAUGAUUGUGACAAAUGUGUUCUUGAGUUCGACCAUCAUUGUGUGUGGCUUGGGACAUGUAUAGGGCAGGGUAACCAUUGCCAAUUUUGGUGGUACAUUUGUGAGGAAACAGCUUUGAGCUUUUGGACUGGCAUCUUAUACAUUCAAUUCCUUAAGUCUAGUAUAUCAAAGGCAUGGUGGGUUUACGCAAUUGUGAUUCUGUUUCUAGCUAUGCUAUCAUUUUUCUUCAUCUUUUUGUUUCUCCUACUACUUUUUCACAGCUACCUUAUUUUGACAAACCAGACUACUUAUGAGCUUGUUAGACGGAGAAGGAUCCCAUAUUUAAGGGGGGUUCCUGAAAGAGUGUUUCCUUUUAGUAAAGGAGCUUGUCGAAAUCUGUACUACACAUGUUGUGAUCGAAGCAAUAUAUGCAGGGUGGAACGUAUUCCGACACAUCUGGAAAUUGAUGAUAUGGCAAGACCUUAUACAUGCUCAGAUGUCAAGAAUUGCCGGUGUUGCUGUUAAUAACUUGUUCCUCCCUGUUCUAGUUUUGUUGUCCCCUCUGAAGGAUCUGCAUCUUUCCCUUUCAAGUUGAAACAUUUGAAGGGCGUUUAUUUGCAUUUGUUAAGACAGGGCAAGAAUUCAACUGACUAUUGGCCAGAUUGAGUUAGUAAUAGUUGGUGUUGGGACUGUUGGCAGUCUGGCUAUUUGACCAUUGAUAGUUUGAGGAAGGAAAUUGUGAUGUAUGCAUUAAUAGCUAUGUAAGGGUCUAUGGGUGAACACUGGACAUUUUAAUAUUCCAUACUUGGAUUCCCCUUGCUGAAUAAACUAUAAGGUGUUGUUCGGUUCAAGUUAUAUGGUUGAGAAUCCCAUAUUACUAAAAGAAAUAUUGUAUCAUGUAUGCUCCCAUUCGGUUUUUAGGAAUGUGAGAUCCUCAGAGGUAAUAUGAGAUUCCCAAAAAUGGUCUGUAGAUCAUUUUUGGUCUUUAGGAGAGUUGAAUUUAAAA